CCCCUCAAAUUUCAGUUUUAUUACGAUAACACGACGACCAUCACAUGAUGCACUACCGGAUGGUCGUCGACUCUUCCGUAUUAUUUUAUCUUAAGAGAAAAUGUGCAAGAGAAGUUGCUCGGGUUAUUAGUUUUCGCUAAGUGAUUGGAAAUUGGAUGAGCUUGGAUGUGGAAGUGAAGCUUAGCGGAGGUUCACUCUUGUUGUCAUCAUCAUCAACGUCGUUGUUAUUGUGUCCGUCAUGGCACAGCAACAAUCUUCCAGACUCAAUCGUCUCCUCACUCUGUUGGACACUGGUUCAACUCAAGCUACUCGGCUAACUGCAGCCAAGCAGAUCGGUGAUAUUGCAAAGUCUCAUCCUCAGGACUUGAGCUCUCUUUUGAGAAAGGUUUUGCAUCACCUGCGUAGUAAAAAGUGGGAUACGAGGGUUGCUGCUGCUCAUGCUAUUGGUGCCAUUGUUCUGAAUGUCAAACAUCCUUCAUUGAGUGAACUGUUAAAUUCUUUAGCAACGAAGUUGGGUGAGGCCGGGAUAUCUGAUAAUGUAGAUGAAGUGGUGGCUUUGCGCAAUCUUCAGUCCAAGAUUCUGGCAAAUGCACCCUUUAGAAGCUUUGAGAUGAAUAAGGUUUUAGAGUUUGGCGCUUUGUUGGCAUCUGGUGGACAGGAGUACGACAUUUUGAAUGACAAUUCCAAGAAUCCAAAGGAUCGAGUGGCUCGUCAGAAAAAGAAUCUCCGACGACGUCUAGGUUUGGACAUGUGCGAGCAGUUCAUGGAUGUCAAUGAAAUGAUUAGAGAUGAGGAUCUUAUUGAGCAGAAGUCCAAUGUUCCUGCGAAUGGGGUUGGGAACAGAUUAUACGCAAACUAUUCUCCACAUCAUAUUCAACAAUUCGUUUCAAGGAUGGUUCCCCGUGUCAAUUCUAGGAGGCCAAGCGCAAGGGAAUUAAAUUUACUGAAACGAAAAGCAAAAAUAAGCUCAAAAGAUCAAGCUAAAGGUAGCUGUGAAGUAGCAGAUGUUGAGAUGCCAUCGUCUCAAGUUGCCUCAACCUCAAAAAGAAUAUCGUCCGACUCAUUGGACUCGAACAAGGCGGACAUUGGUAAUGAGGAUGAUAUCGAGCCUGAUGGGGAUGGAAAGUGGCCUUUCCAUAGUUUUGUUGAGCAACUUAUUCUUGACAUGUUUGACCCUGCAUGGGAGAUCCGCCAUGGAAGUGUAAUGGCUCUCAGAGAAAUAUUAAUGCUUCAUGGUGGUUCUGCUGGAGUGUCAACAGAAGAGUUUAACUCAGAUAAUGGGUUUGAGUUGAAAGAAGUCUUGAACAAAGUAACACGAGAAAGAGAAAUCGACUUGAAUAUGCAGGUUUCAGAAAAUGAACUGGAGCCACUUCGGAAAAGACCUAAGAUUGAAGAUCCAUCAAAAUCAUUUAUUGAUAACACUGUUUUAGAAGUUAUUGGGGGUGACUCUGAUAUUAAUGUUAAAGAUGAAGAUGCUGAGUUUUUACUGCCACCAGUGAAGGUCAAUGGUCAAACUGACUCUAAUUCUACGAAAGUGGAACCUCAAUCUUCUAUGGAUGACUCGUCAUCUCACUCUGAAAUAAACCAUGUGGCAGAGGUUAACAAUCAUUUUGAAGAUAAGAGUUUUAUUGAGGAAGCAGUUAUACCUAAGCAUCAGGAAGAAAAUCUCGAAGUGUUGGAUUUGGUUAAACAAGCUAGGCAUUCUUGGAUAAAAAAUUUUGAAUUUCUCCAGGAUUGCACCAUUCGCUUCUUAUGUGUGCUUUCACUUGACCGAUUUGGGGAUUAUAUUUCUGAUCAGGUAGUUGCUCCUGUGCGAGAAGCUUGUGCCCAAGCACUUGGUGCUACUUUCAAAUACAUGAAUCCCUCGUUGAUUUAUGAGACAUUAAAUAUCUUGCUUCAGAUGCAGCGCCGGCCUGAAUGGGAAAUUCGUCAUGGAAGUCUUUUGGGCAUCAAGUACUUGGUUGCUGUGCGACAGGAAAUGCUCCAAGAUUUGCUUGGCUAUAUUCUUCCGGCGUGUAAAGCAGGGUUGGAGGAUUCUGACGAUGAUGUGCGAGCAGUUGCCGCUGAUGCUCUUAUACCGGCAGCAGCUGCUAUUGUCUCUUUGAGAGGACAGACAUUACUUUCCAUUGUCAUGCUACUGUGGGAUAUUUUGCUUGAGUUGGAUGACUUAAGUCCAUCAACCAGCAGUGUUAUGAACCUCCUGGCAGAAAUCUAUUCUCAAGAUGACAUGACCCUGAGUAUUGGAGAAAAAAGAGAUGUUAAGGAAAGCCCUUAUGCAUUAUCAGGUUUAGCCCCUAGGUUGUGGCCAUUUACGAGGCACGGCAUUACAUCAGUUCGAUUUUCUGCUAUUCGAACUCUGGAACGACUUCUUGAAGCUGGAUGCAGAAAGAACAUUUCUGAGCAGUCUAAAUGUUCUUUUUGGCCAUCUUCUAUUUUAGGGGACACCCUGAGAAUCGUCUUUCAAAAUCUUUUGCUUGAAUCCACUGAGGAGAUUCUGGAGUGUUCGGAGAGAGUGUGGAGACUAUUGGUUCAGUGCCCAGUGGAUGAUUUAGAAGACGCUGCAAAAUUCUAUAUGGCUUCGUGGAUAGAACUUGCAGCUACUCCUUAUGGCUCCACAUUGGAUGCUACGAAAAUGUUUUGGCCAGUAGCUCCUCCUCGUAAGAGUCAUUUCAAAGCUGCUGCUAAGAUGAAAGCUGUCAAACUUGAGAACGAAGCUUCUAGCAUUCUGGGAUUUGAUUAUGCAAGAAGUUCUGCUUCCCUCGAAAAAAAUGAAGAUGCUUCUGCCAGGUCCACUAAAAUUAUCGUCGGCUCUGAUAUGGAGAUGUCAGUGACCCGCACCCGGGUAGUUACAGCAUCUGCAUUAGGUAUCUUUGCAUCCCGGUUGCGAGAGGGUUCAAUGCAGUUUGUGGUAGAUCCACUGAGUAGUACUCUUACUUCUCUGUCCGGUGUUCAGCGCCAGGUUGCGUCCAUUGUGCUCAUCUCUUGGUUCAGAGAAACUAAAUGCAAGGCCCCUUCUGAUGGAAGUGGAAGUUUGCCUGGUUUCCCUAGUCCUCUUAAAAAAUGGCUGCUAGAUUUGUUAGCUUGCUCAGACCCUGCUUUCCCUACUAAAGACAUACUUCUUCCUUAUGCUGAGCUCUCAAGAACAUACACUAAAAUGAGGAAUGAAGCUUCUCAGUUGUUGCAUACAGUUGAAACCUGCCAUUGUUUUGAUAAGUUAUUAUCAACGAAUAAACUCAAUGUGGAGAGCGUGACUGCUGAUGAGACAAUUGACUUUGCAUCAACACUAGCUUUGUGGAACAAAGAAAGUGCUGGAAAUGAAUCCUUCGAAAAGCAAGUUUUUGAAGAUGUGGAGUCAUCUAGGCAACAGCUAUUAAGUACUGCUGGUUAUUUAAAGUGUGUCCAGAGUAAUCUACAUAUCACAGUCACCUCCCUGAUCGCUGCUGCAGUUGUUUGGAUGUCAGAAUUUCCUGCUAGACUUAAUCCAAUAAUCUUGCCGCUGAUGGCUUCGAUUAAAAGAGAGCAGGAACAAAUACUACAGCAAAUAGCUGCUGAGGCUCUUGCAGAGCUCAUUGCAUACUGCGUAGAUCGGAAGCCAAGCCCCAAUGACAAGUUAAUCAAGAAUAUCUGUAGCUUGACGUGCAUGGAUCCUAGCGAAACACCUCAAGCUAGCAUCAUUAGCUCUAUGGAUAUCGUUGAUGAUAUGGAUUUUCUGUCAUCGCGGAGUAACGCAGGAAAACAAAAAGCAAAAGUCGUGUUGGCUGGUGGCGAAGAUAGGUCUAAAGUUGAGGGUUUUAUCACGAGGAGAGGAUCUGAACUCGCAUUGAAGCAUUUAAGCUUGAAAUUUGGUGGUUCCUUGUUUGACAAACUCCCAAAAUUGUGGGAGUGCCUCACUGAGGUUCUUGUUCCUGAAAUUCCUGCUGAUCAACAGAAUAUUGACCUUAAAAUAGAAUCUAUUUCGGAUCCACAGGUCUUAAUAAACAACAUCCAGGUGGUACGUUCAAUAGCACCAGUGAUGGAAGAAACACUUAAACCUAGACUACUCAGUCUCCUGCCUUGUAUUUUCAAAUGUGUUCGCCAUUCCCAUGUGGCUGUUAGAUUGGCUGCUUCUAGAUGUGUUAUGACAAUGGCUAAAUCAAUGACAACAGAUGUCAUGGCAGCAGUAGUGGAAAGUGCUAUUCCAAUGUUGGGAGAUUUGACAUGCAUUAAUGCUAGACAAGGCGCAGGAAUGCUUAUUGGUUUACUUGUUCAAGGGCUGGGUGUUGAACUGGUUCCAUAUUCUCCUUUAUUGGUUGUUCCCCUCCUAAGAUGCAUGAGCGAUGUUGACAGUUCAGUCAGGCAGAGCGUGACACGUAGCUUUGCUGCCCUUGUACCUAUGCUUCCAUUAGCACGUGGCGUACCCCCUCCUGUCGGGCUGAGCAAGGAUCUUUCUAGUAAUGCAGAGGAUGCAAAAUUUUUGGAGCAGCUACUUGACAACUCCCAUAUAGAUGAUUACAAGCUUUGCACUGAGCUAAAAGUUCAAUUAAGAAGGUAUCAACAAGAAGGAAUCAAUUGGUUAGGAUUCCUGAAGCGUUUUAAGCUCCAUGGAAUUCUCUGUGAUGAUAUGGGGCUUGGUAAGACGCUUCAAGCAUCUGCAAUUGUGGCAUCUGAUGCAGCAGAGCGUCGUGGUUCAACAGAUGAACCAGAUGUUUUUCCAUCUAUAAUUGUUUGCCCUUCAACAUUAGUUGGUCAUUGGGCAUUUGAAAUUGAGAAGUAUAUCGACCUUUCUCUGCUAAGCGUGUUGCAGUAUGUUGGCUCUGUUCAAGACCGUGUUUCUCUCCGUGAACAGUUCAACAACCACAAUGUCAUUAUAACAUCUUAUGAUGUGGUCCGCAAGGAUGUUGAUUAUCUGACACAGUUUUCAUGGAACUACUGUAUCCUGGAUGAGGGGCACAUAAUUAAGAAUGCUAAAUCUAAAAUAACUUCAGCAGUAAAACAAUUGAAGGCCCAGCACCGACUUAUCCUUAGUGGAACACCAAUACAGAAUAAUAUCAUGGAGCUGUGGUCCCUUUUUGACUUCUUGAUGCCUGGAUUUCUUGGGACAGAGAGACAGUUUCAAGCAUCUUAUGGAAAACCGUUGCUGGCAGCUAGAGAUCCUAAAUGCUCUGCUAAGGAUGCUGAAGCGGGUGUACUGGCAAUGGAAGCUCUCCAUAAGCAGGUUAUGCCAUUCUUACUCAGACGUACGAAAGAGGAAGUCCUCUCUGAUUUGCCAGAAAAGAUCAUUCAGGACAGAUACUGUGACCUUAGUCCUGUCCAGUUGAAGCUUUAUGAGCAAUUUUCUGGUUCAAGUGCUAAGCAAGAAAUAUCUAGUAUCAUAAAAGUUGAUGGGUCAGCAGAUUCCGGAAAUGCAGAUGUUGCGCCAACAAAAGCAUCCACACAUGUUUUCCAGGCACUGCAGUACCUGCUUAAACUCUGCAGCCAUCCGCUUCUUGUUCUUGGUGAUAAGGUUACAGAGCCGGUGGCUUCUGAUUUGUCAGCAAUGAUAAAUGGAUGUUCGGACAUUAUCACUGAGCUUCACAAAGUUCAACACUCUCCAAAGCUUGUUGCUCUUCAGGAAAUUUUAGAAGAAUGUGGAAUAGGUUCUGAUGCUUCUAGUUCAGAUGGCACUCUUAGUGUAGGCCAGCACAGAGUUCUGAUAUUUGCACAGCACAAAGCUUUGCUGGAUAUCAUUGAAAAGGACUUGUUUCAAGCCCACAUGAAAAGUGUCACAUAUAUGCGACUAGAUGGUUCAGUUGUACCAGAGAAAAGGUUUGAGAUUGUGAAGGCCUUUAAUUCAGAUCCUACAAUUGAUGUUCUGCUCCUGACAACACAUGUUGGUGGGCUUGGGUUGAACCUGACCUCUGCUGAUACACUUGUAUUUAUGGAGCAUGACUGGAAUCCAAUGCGUGAUCAUCAGGCGAUGGACAGAGCGCAUAGAUUGGGACAGAAGAGAGUUGUAAAUGUACACCGUCUGAUAAUGCGUGGCACACUUGAAGAGAAAGUGAUGAGUCUCCAAAGAUUCAAAGUGUCGGUUGCCAAUACGGUAAUCAAUGCUGAGAAUGCAAGUAUGAAGACAAUGAACACUGAUCAGUUGCUUGACUUAUUUGCUUCAGCUGAAACUUCUAAAAAGGGUGGUGCGUCUUCGAAGAAUGGAUCAGAGGAUAAUGACCAGAUUGCUGGAACUGGAAAAGGACUGAAGGCAAUUCUAGGAAACUUAGAAGAACUGUGGGAUCAAUCACAGUACACAGAAGAGUACAAUCUUAGCCAGUUCUUAGCUAAGCUCAACGGGUAAUAGCAUAGUCUAAAAGCCAAGAAUGUGUGUACAUAUUUAUUCAGCUCGAUUCAGGAGUACCCGACAAUUUUGACGUUCCAAACAGAUAAAAGGUUACAUCCACUCUUUUUUCUCCAUUUUGUUUUGUUGUCAAUCUUUUAGAUUCAUAAAAGAAGAAAUGAUUUUAAAUUAU